CAUACCUGGCACCAAUAUACAAAUACCAAGCUCUAUGGCACAAGCAAAUGGUUUCCUGGGCAACAUAGGUAAUUUGCUAGGCGGCGGUGCACCCACAACCAUAAAGCUAGAGAAUGGGCAAACACUUCAGAAUAUACAACUACGUUCAGCAGCAGCACCAGGUGGACAACCGCAACUGCUACAAUUUCCCCAAUCUGCGCCGGCAGCGCCAGCAUUGCAACAAACUGUGGCCGUACAAAUUCCUGUGCAAACAGCAACAGGCCAAACUAUCUAUCAGACGGUGCAUGUGCCUGUCCAGACAGCAGCGGCAGCAGCAGCAGCAGCGACGCCAGCACAAGCGCCACAAACAUUGUCGAAUCUAACGCAGUUGCCAGCACAGUUGCAACAAGCGGCAGCAGCAGCGCAGAUGCAAAUCAUACCACAGUUUGCGCAAAUUGCACAAAUCGUGACACCCAGUGGACAGAUACAACAGGUGCAGCUGGCUCCUUUGAAUGCGCUCAACUAUGCACAAUUGCAGCCAAAUGCGAAUAUAGUGCAGAUACAGCAUCCACAGCAGCAGCAGCAGCAGCAGCAACAACAACAGCAGCAGCAACAACAGCAGCAGCAACAAUUACAGCAACAGCAACAACAACAACAGCAGCAGCAACAAUUGCAGCAACAGCAGCUCAUUAAUGCCAUUAAUGAGGCUCAACUGCCAGCAAAUCAGCCCAUCACCAUCACCAAUGCACAGGGUCAACAGUUAACAGUUAUACCAGCACAGCAACUACAACAAUUGCAGCAGCUGCGCGCAAAUCAAAAUGCUGCUGCAGCAGCAAUGCAACUGCAAUCCGCCAAUCUGCAAUCAUUGCCCAUUCAAAAUAUUCCCGGCUUGGGUCAAGUGCAGAUUAUACAAGCGAAUCAUUUGCCAGCAAACUUUCAACAAAUGCUCACGCAGCUGCCCAUGCAUAUACAAACAACAGCCAGCAACAAUAAUGCGCAGCAGCAACAGCAGACUGCAGCUAUGCCAAUAGUGCAGCAAAUGCAGCCCAAGCAGGAGCCACAAAGUCCCACGCAGCUUAUCACACACAUCAAACAGGAGCCACCAGAUACGGGUACACUGCCAAUUUCAUCGCCACAAGCAACUGCGUCGCCCCCACAGCAGCAGCAGCAGCAGCCUCAACAGAUCAAGUUUAUUAUGCCACAAUCGACACAGCUGACACAGUUGCAACAACAACCAUUGCAACAACAAACACAACAACAGCAGCAGCAGCAGCAAGCACAAGUGCAGCAGAUCUUAAGUGACAGCUUGCCUGCAGUUAAUAUACCAGCCUCCAUACAGAUCACAGCCUUGCCAGCAGCACCAGCAACAACCACAACGCGUGUCAACACCAACACCAAGAGCAGCAACUCCAGCACGGCGACUGCUGCUGGCGCACAGCUGACCAUGAGCAAUGCUGGCCAGGUUGUUGUUACUAGCACACCCGCGCGUGCUAAGCUCAUCAAGCAAAACAUACAAGCUACGCAGCCGGCUGUUUCCAGCAUCAAUGUCAAGUUCAAUAUGGAGGAGAGUGUGCCCGAGAUAAAGCCGCGGCUUAAGCGCGUCGCCUGCACUUGCCCCAAUUGCACUGAUGGUGAAAAGCAUUCGGAUCGAAAGCGCCAGCACGUUUGUCAUAUACCCGGCUGCAACAAGGUCUAUGGCAAGACCUCACAUCUGCGUGCCCAUUUGCGCUGGCAUACGGGCGAGCGUCCAUUUGUCUGCUCCUGGGUGUUCUGUGGCAAGCGCUUUACGCGCUCGGAUGAACUGCAGCGUCAUCGACGCACGCAUACGGGCGAGAAGCGUUUCCAGUGCCGUGAAUGCAACAAAAAGUUUAUGCGCAGCGAUCAUCUGUCCAAGCAUAUUAAAACCCACUUUAAGUCGCGCUCGGGUGUGGAUCAAAUUGAGCUAAACAUUAAGCAAGAGAAAGUGAAUACGCCCAAGACCAUAAACACUUUAAAUGGCAUUGUUACUAUUGAAUUGCCGGCCGGCACUGCGUUAACUAAUGGUGGCGCCUCCACUGUAGCGGCCACAGUUGCGGGUUCAACUGUAACGUCGGCGCCAGGCGGCGCUACGAUUAUGCAGUUGCCAAGUGUUGAUGGUGGCGAACCGUCCACUGAUAGUUUUGCCGAUGAUGAUGAUGAUGAGCUGGAUGAGGAUGAGGAGAUCACCGAGGAGGAACUUACAGAAGAGGAGUUAACCGAGGAGGACGACGAGCAGGAUAGCGGUGAUGAAGAAAAAAUGACCAUUUCUAUGAGCGAGACUGGCGAUAAUUCAUCCAACUAGCAUUCGGAUUCACUGUUCAUGGAACAGUUCAUUUUUGAUCACUUUCCAUAGCCAUAGAGCGCCCAACAAUUGGGCGGGUUAGAUGACUCCUACUACUACUAAAACUACUCCUACUCCUACUGCUAAGUUGUACAGUGAUCCCUCCACUAACGAACCAACCAAUAUCUGGACGAACUCAUCAUUAUUUAAGACUCUGUGCUAAUUUUGUAAUUAUUUAUGUAAAUGUUAUUCCCUGUACAUUAUAUUCGACAAGCUAAAAGUUAUACUUCGGCCCACCGAAGCAUGCAUACAAACAUAUCCUUGCAGAUCCUAAUAACAAAAUAGAAAAAAAAGUGACCAUAGCAAUUAAUAAUUUUUUAUG